CUUUGAUUUCGCUACUCGCUACAUUCUAUUGCAUGGAAGAGGCGCUUUUAAUGCAGCUACUUUGAUUUCCUUAUUCAGCUCUUCCUUUUCCACCAUGGCCAAGACGGAAAGCAUGCGAAGGACGUUGAAGCCAGUGAUCGAAAAGAAAAGAAGAGACCGAAUCAACCAAAAUCUGGAUGUUCUGAGAACUCUGCUGUUUAGGAGCACCGCAGAUACGCGUUUACAGAAUCCCAAACUGGAGAAAGCUGAAAUUUUGGACUUGGCUGUUCAGUAUAUAAGAAAGAAUGCCUCUAAUAGGGCAGAAAAGAAAGCAUCUGCAACUCAAGCAAAGCCUGAAGACACCAAAACUCAACCCAAGGCCCAGAAGCCUGGCCACAGUGACAGUCUCCAUCUAUGUGUUUCUGAGUUUACUUCAUUUGUGGGCCAAAUGCAUCCAUCUGAGAGGGAGACUGUUCUUCACAGUCUAAACCACUAUCUGGGCAGCCGUCUCAACCAUUUUGUGUCCAAAUCUGGGAGUGAAAUGGACAUUAAACCAACCAACAGCAGUCUGACCAAGCUUUGCUCAUCAACAUCACCUCACCACCAUCACCAAGACCUUCUGACCUUCCCUGAACCAUCGUUACUUGGUUAUAAAUCUUCCAGCUUUACUCCAUCGGCUUCACCGAACCACCUCUCCCCUCCACCCUCUCCUCUCUUCUCCCCCUCUGCUUCCUCUUUCAUCACCUCUCCCUCAUAUUCAUCUGUUCCCUGCCACCUACCUUUUGCUCCUUCUGCAGGGUCUCCUCCCUCCACCAGUCCCCCGCUAACACUUUUUCCAGUGCCCUUUACUGCAAUGUCUCAGUUAAUGCCGCUUCAUGCCUCCAGAGAUAUCCCAACACCACCAUCUCCUAUGGAUAUGAGAGAAGAUCUGGUCCUUGUCCAAGCCCAGGCAACAUGGAGGCCAUGGAGCUGAAAGAGAUCUAGACAACCUCCUCAAAAUCUGGACGAACCCCAGGAACUGGAGAACUAAGCUCCUUUAACACCCAAGACUUUCAUUUUUAUCUAGUUUCCACAUGGUGCUUUUGAAGGAAUCUGGUGGAGAAUAAGUGAAAGAACAAAAGGAGAAACAUUUUGUCACUUGUUUGGCAUUCCUGGCCUAUAACUGAUAAUUUGUUGCAUUUAUGUUCUUUAUCUAUUUAUUGACUAAAAUAUGGAUGCUCUGUAUGUAUUCCAUCACUUAUACUACCUACUUUUAUUUCGCUUUACCUACACAGAAAGCCUAUUUUAUAAUUCAACCUGUACAUAUUUGUAAAUAUUUAUUGUUAUAAAUAUGUAAAUAUUUCUCAGACAGCAUUUUGUACCUUGCUCUUAUUACUGUGUAUUUUCUUAAACAAACUAAAACUGUUGAAAACUA